AUGUCUUCUAAAUAUAGCAGAAAUUCAAUGCCGAGCUGGGUUUGAUGAACCUUGAUCAAAUCCCUUAUUGAUAUAUCAUAAAUUAAACCGUGUUUUCUCCUAGUUUGACUUUUAAUUGCGUACAAUCCAAGUACUCUUUCAUUCUUUACACAUUUCUUCAGAUUUCCUUUUAAAAAAUUUCUCUUUGCCAUUUUUCUUCCUGGAACAUCUCUUUUGUUCUGCUAGAUUCUGCUUCGGAUUGGGAUAGAUAAAAGGGUGCCUUCGUGUUUCUUUGAUUGCUGCUUUGUUGAAUAGAUUACGAACUUAUCGUAAAAGAGAGAACGAAAGAAAGAAAUAAAGCAGGGAAGGGUGAAUUGGUAUCUGAGUUGAUCUGGGUCUCGUCUGCUUCAACCAUUUCUGCAAGUUCGGGAUUUGUUUAGGGUAAAAAUUUCAUUGACCAUGAACAGAUAAGCACUACACAUUAUGGGUUGGCUUAGCAAAAUAUUUAAAGGCUCAGGACACAAAGAUUCAGAAGAGCAUUUCCAUGCAAACUAUGGUGGAGAUUCAAAUUAUUAUGCACCUGCUAGUUCAGGGGAUAUGUGGGCAGAGAGCCCGAAUGAAGAUAUGGAUCGUGCUAUUGCACUCUCUCUGUUAGAAGAAAGUCAAAAGGGAAAAAAUGUGAUUGAUCGUGAUUCUCAAUUGAAGGAUGACGAACGACUUGCUCAAGCUAUACAAGAGAGCCUAAAUGCAGAGUCUCUUCCUCGAUAUGAAUAUGGAAAUGCAUAUCAACCUGCCCCUGUUGACUUCCCUCUGGGGUUAAGGGUUUGUGCCGGUUGCUAUGCUGAGAUUGGUUAUGGACAAUAUCUGAAUUGCCUGAAUGCAGUUUGGCAUCCUGAAUGCUUCCGGUGCCAUGCUUGCAACCUACCGAUAUCUGAUUAUGAGUUCUCUACGUCUGGGAAUAAACCAUACCAUAAAUCUUGCCACAAGGAGAAUCACCACCCUAAAUGUGAUGUUUGCAAGAAAUUUAUUCCAACAAACCCUGCUGGUCUAAUUGAAUAUAGGGCACAUCCAUUUUGGGUCCAAAAAUACUGCCCUUAUCAUGAACAUGAUGGCACUCCUCGGUGUUGCAGCUGUGAGCGAAUGGAGCCACGAGACACAACAUAUGUUGCCCUUAACGAUGGUCGGAAGCUCUGUCUGGAGUGUCUGGACUCUGCAAUUAUGGAUUCCAAUGAAUGCCUACCCCUCUAUACUGAUAUACAACAGUUUUAUCAAGAUUUACAUAUGAAAGUGGAGCAGCAUGUUCCAUUACUCUUGGUUGAAAGACAAGCACUAAAUGAAGCAAGAGAAGGAGAAAAGAAUGGCCAUUAUCACGUGCCUGAGACCAGAGGACUCUGCCUUUCUGAGGAGCAAACUAUCAGCACUGUUUUAAGGCGACCAAGGAUUGGGGCAGGAAAUCAAGCGAUGAAUAUGAUAACAGAGCCCUACAAACUACGCCGUCAUUGUGAGGUCACCGCAAUUCUCAUAUUGUAUGGUCUUCCAAGGUUGCUUACUGGAUCAAUUUUGGCUCAUGAGAUGAUGCAUGCAUGGCUGCGUCUUAAAGGUUACCCAAGUCUCAGUCAAGAUGUUGAGGAAGGUAUCUGUCAGGUUCUAGCUCUCAUGUGGUUGGAUUCCAAGCUCAAGUCUGGAUCAGUCAGCAAUCUUGCAUCAGCCUCAUCUUCUUCCUCUGCACCAAAAAGGGACAUGAUAUCUCAAUUUGAAAGAACGCUCGGGGAGUUCUUUAAACAUCAGAUCGAGUCAGACGGUUCACCAGUGUAUGGAGAUGGAUUCAGAGCUGGCCAACGGGCAGUGGGUAAAUACGGUCUUCAGGAGACCCUUAACCAUAUAUGGAGGACAGGGAGCUUUCCUCAUUGAAGUCUGGCUCCCCAGAUUUCUAUUUGUGCUUUUCUUUCUUUUCACUGAGAUUUCCCCAGAUCCAAAGCGUGUAGAAUUAACUCUGUAGAAUUUUUUUUUUUUUUUUUUAAAUUCUCAUUUUUUGUAUAGAAUAAACUAAUUGAUUAGUUAUUAUCAAUAUUA